AUGGUUGCGGACAUGAGGCAUAGAGCACCUGAACCCAGAUACAAAGGUGAAUUUAAUGGCCAGAAUUCGAAGGAUUUCAAGGCUAGACCAGCACAGUCUUCGGGUAGUGUGGCACAAGAAGGUAGUUUGAUUCCUGCAUGUGCUAGGUGUGGUAGAACCCAUCCCGAACAUAAGAAUUCCAAUGAUGACACAGACAAUGACACAGAUACCAAUGAUGAUGAUGACAACAUAGACAAUGAGGAAUUCGAUGAUAAUGAUGACACCGAUAAUGGAGACACGAAUGAUGACACAGAUCUCGAUGAUGAUGACACGAAUUCUAAUGAUGAUGACAUAGACAAUGAGAAUCUUGAUAAUGUUGCAAAUCCCGAUGAUGAUGAGAAUGUGCCUCCACCUGCACUUUACUUGUGCAAGCCAGGUUAUGAUCAUAAAUUUCAUAAAUAA